GUUCGAAUAUAGUAGAAGGCUUACUAGAGAAGCCAGCCCAAAUAAACUUAUCCGAAAUCAAUUCUUUCAGGCUUGAAUUGGGACGGGUAAAGGAGAAUUUAAAUUCAAAAAAACACAAAAUAGAAUAUAUAGAAAAGGAGAUCGAGACAACAGAUAUUAUAUAUAAAUGGGAAUUAGAUAGAUUAUAUUCAGCGCAAUCAAAUUUGAUAGAAGAAAAUUCUCACCUCCGAGUUUUAGUAUUAAAAAAAGAUAAUGAAGUAGUCCCAAAAAGUUCAGUUGAGCAUGAGCCUCCCCUUAUGAACAAUACGAAAGAAAGA